CUCUCACCCAACGAAUAGACUGACUGACACAUAUGCAUCGCCUUCUCUUCAAAGCAAGGAACCCAACAAAGUCCCAAAGAUCUAAAUCCCACACACUUCCCAAUCUCCUCCAACCUCUUCAUUAAUUUAUCUUCCAACCUUAGCUUAUAUUUAGCAAUCUCUUCUUAACCAUUUUAACUACCUCCUUCCUUACAACUCUCCCAACCCUCUCUCUCUCUCUCUCUCUCUCUCUCCAAAUUUCUUCUUUUUAAUGUUCUCAAUCAAAAUUUUCAGUAAUGGGUAUCAAAGCAUUUGCGCUAUCUUUCAUGCUAAUUUCAAUUAUUUUCUCUUUUGUAUACAUUCCAGCUAGAUUAACAAUACCCACCCACAAUUUCAGGCCUAUAAUAAAUUACUUCAACUCACCCAAAUCCAGCAACACCACCACCAAGCCAUAUCCAGUCACAUUUUCCUAUCUAAUCUCAGCAUCCAAGGGUGAUGCUCUGAAGCUCAAGCGCUUGCUCUAUGCCCUCUACCAUCCUGGAAAUUACUAUCUGAUUCACAUGGACUAUGCAGCCCCAGAGGCUGAGCACAGGGACAUUGCCGACUUUGUGGCUGGAGAUCCAGUUUUUGGGCAAGUGGGUAAUGUUUGGGUGCUGGGAAAAUCCAACUUGGUCACAUAUAGAGGGCCCACAAUGCUGGCUACCACUCUUCAUGCAUUGGCUCUGCUCUUGAGGACUUGCAAAUGGGAUUGGUUUAUCAAUCUCAGUGCUUCUGAUUAUCCUCUAAUCACUCAAGAUGAUCUGAUGCAUUCGUUUUCUGAUUUGCCAAGAGAUCUCAAUUUCAUACAGCACAGUAGUCGCUUGGGGUGGAAGCUGAAUAAAAGAGGGAAGCCAGUGAUAAUAGACCCAGGACUCUACAGCCUGAAUAAAUCAGAAUUGUGGUGGGCUAUUAAACAGAGGGAUCUCCCAACAGCUUUCAAGCUGUACACAGGUUCAGCUUGGACAAUUCUCUCAAGAUCUUUUGCCGAAUAUUGCAUAGUGGGGUGGGACAAUUUGCCAAGGACUCUCCUCCUCUACUACACCAACUUUGUGUCAUCACCUGAAGGCUACUUCCAGACAGUCAUAUGCAACUCCCAAGACUACAAGAACACCACUGUCAACCAUGACCUCCACUACAUUACAUGGGACACACCUCCAAAGCAACAUCCCAGGUCUCUGGGACUCAGAGAUUUUCCAAGAAUGAUUCUAAGCAACCGUCCUUUUGCUCGAAAGUUCAAGAAAAAUGUACCCGUUCUUAACAAAAUCGAUCGCGAACUUCUUAAACGACACCGUGGACAGUUUUCUUACGGGGGAUGGUGUUCCGGGAGUAAAGGGCAGACGCAGAAGAUGUGCUCAGGUUUGCAGGGUGAAAACUAUGGUGGGUUAAGGCCCGGAUCGGGGGCUAAGAGGUUGAAAUCUUGGUUAAAAAAACUCCUCUCCACAAGGAAGUUUCAGAAGCAACAAUGCAAAUGAUUCUUUUAGUAAAAACUGAAUAAAUAUCGCAUGCUUGUAAUUAUGUGUUGUCCAUGAUUUUUUUUAGAAUUUUGGGUUUUUAUAUAUCUAGGAUGAUAUAUGAUAACAGUAGAAGAAUAUUGAGAAAAUGAAGAAGAAAGAAGAAGAAGGAGGAAGAAGAAGUCUGAGAAUAGAAGGCUGUGUAUUGAUUAUUAUUAAGAAUGAUUACAAUGUAAUA